GACCGUGCCUUUCGCUAUAAAUACCACCACCCCCAAACCCAACUCUCUCUAACCCAUUUCGUCGAACACCUCCAUGGCCGUCGAGACGCUGCGACUUAGGAAGGAUGGUAUCGCCGCCGGCGACAACGACUCACCGCCAGCGCAGCCGCCGGCGCCACAAGGCAAGGAGACGCACUUCCGUGGUGUUCGUAAGCGUCCAUGGGGCCGUUUCGCUGCCGAGAUCCGUGAUCCGUGGAAAAAAACCCGCAAAUGGCUCGGCACCUUCGACACCGCCGAGGAAGCCGCCCGCGCCUAUGAUGAAGCCGCUCGCAACCUUCGUGGCCCUAAGGCUAAGACCAACUUCGGUUACUCGCCGGACUCUGACCCUUCUUCCACCUCGACCUCUUCCUGGGCGAUCCCUCCGUGGAGAUCCGCCGCCUAUGGUCGCGAUCUCUUCCUUGGUCCUCCCGGCGGCGGUGGAAACGACUACCCUGCCUUCCGAUUCGACGCCGACGAAAAGAAGAUCGCCGAUGAGAAGCUGAAGAAGCGACCCUUGUCCUUCGAUCUCAACCUCCCUGCUCCUCUCUUCUGAACCAACAUCGUCUUCUUCCUUUUUUUUUUGUUUUUUUUUUCAGUUAAGCCCUUCGUUUUCUUCUAUUUUACAGAUCUCUUCGUUUGCAUCUCGGGCUUUUUUUUUUGUACAGCUUAAUGAAUUUCGCAUUUUCAGCGGGUUUUUUUAUA